CCGUUCAGUAUUGUGAACCGUUCAAUCGAACUUUUCUCCGAACUCCGAACAACUCUGCUUAUUAUUUUUCACUAGUAAAAGUAAAGUUGAAAAAAGGAAAUUGAGACUAUUAAAACCGGCCUGCAUAAUGAGCGCGCCGAGCAAUAAAAUGUCGGCAACAGACCAGAUGCGUGCAAUGCUGGAUCAACUGAUGGGCACCACGCGAAACGGAGACGAUGGACGCGGCCUUAAAUUCUCAGAUGCACGCGUCUGCAAGUCAUUUCUCUUGGAUUGCUGCCCGCACGACAUUCUGGCAUCCACCCGCAUGGAUCUCGGUGAGUGUCCCAAAGUGCAUGAUCUGGCUUUUCGUGCAGAUUACGAAAGUGCGUCCAAGACUCGUGACUACUACUACGACAUCGAGGCCAUGGAGCAUUUGCAAGCGUUCAUUGCGGACUGCGAUCGACGCACAGACUCCGCCAAACAACGGUUAAAAGAAACGCAGGAGGAGCUGACAGCAGAGGUGGCCGAGAAAGCCAACGCGGUUCACAGCCUGGCGGAAGAAAUUGGAAAAAAGCUGGCAAAGGCCGAGGCACUGGGAGAAGCUGGCGAAGUAGAAGACAGCAUGGAACUAAUGAAGGAAAUUGACGAGCUGCGCGCCAAAAAGGUCAAGGCAGAGCAUGAAUAUAGAACUUCAAUGCCAGCCUCCACAUACCAGCAACAGAAGCUCCGCGUAUGUGAAGUGUGCUCCGCUUACCUGGGCAUACACGACAAUGAUAUCCGUCUGGCGGACCACUUUGGUGGUAAGUUGCAUCUAGGCUUUCUCACAAUUCGCGAGAAACUUAUCGAGCUGGAGAAGACGGCGGCACCGCGAAAGGCAGAACUAAAGCGCUCGGGUAAGAUACCAGAUCGAGAAGAGGACGGCCGAGGCAGAAAUCGGUACUUUGUAGGUGGGCGCGAGCUGGACCGUCGCUCGCGCGUUCAUCGCUCUCGUUCAAGAGAGCGUCAGCGACAGCGUGAAGCAGAGAAACAAGGCAAUGAUAGAUCGAAGGAUAGAAGCGAGGAGCGGGCCAAUGCCCGAGAAGCCGAGAGUGAGCGAGCAGCGCCGCGGGGACGUGAUAUUGACAACCGUGGAUCUGGACGCGGAGGGGCAAGUGGUGGCCCCGACAACAAUGCUCGCGAUCAUCGCGAUAGAGAUCAGCGUGAUCGAAGGGACCGAGACCGCAACAUGCGGAAUGACAGAGGACGCUAUGGAGGAAAUGGUGGAGGAGGAGGAAGCGGAGGCGGUGGAGACCGUCGCAAUGAAAGACGUCGAUCACGUUCGAGAGAACGUUCGCCACGAGAUCGCCGCAACUACAACAACAACAACAAUUUCGGCAACAGGCGCCGCUCCUUCUCCCGCGAACGCCAUCGCCGCUAGAAAUGUCGAUGUGUCGAAGUUAACAUGAAGAUCCAGUGGAAGCCAGUUCCACACGGCAGUGUCCAGCGCACGUACGUAGCAUAAAUAACCACCACAAAAGUAAACAAAAACAAAAACCAUAAAAAAAAAACUAUAGAGCAGGAGAAACUAAUUGCAUUAUUAUUUAAUUAAUAAAUGACUUAAAUACACACUUAGACAGCAAGUCAGAUAUUUUUGUAAAAUAUUAUUAAUUCUUAUCUUUGACUCUCAUCAGUGUUAACUAACAGAAAAGCGAAACAAAAAGUGUGAGCUGCAACUAUAUGAAUUGUUAAGUAAAUAACUCUAUAAUUUAAUAGUUUGACAGCCCGACCAGAGUUGAGUUUGAGUAAAUGUACGGUACGUAGAACCAAAGUCCCGAGUAACCACACUAAAAUGUACAAUUCUAUAUAUAUAUAUAUAUCUAUGUGCCCAGCAACGAAUUCCAAACAAACAAAACGAAAGACAAAAAAAAAAAAAAAAAAAAAAAAAAAUUCAACACAAAAUCCAAAACUGAGCUCAAUCAUAAUUUCUAUCAGCACAGUCCCGGACUGUGGGUGUGCCCGUCCCCGAGUGGUGUGUAUGUGUGUACCUCCUACGAGUAUUGUCGCCCCUUUUAGGGUAAGCCUCACUCUAUCAACAAACUAUAAAUUGUAACCUUUUAGCGUUUUUCUACUUGAAGUAACCUUGCAGCUCAAAAGCCGUAAAGCUGGGUACGUAUCGAGUGCAUAUUGACAAAACACAAACGUCUGUCCUAGCCUUUUUUGAAAAGCUACAGAUCUCGCUAAUUGCAGAUUUGAGUAUUUGAUAGACAUAUACCAGAUAUAUGUACAUACAUAUGGUUCGGUUCGUUGCUUUGGGUACGUAUUCGUCGUCUAUCUGUUCAUUGGGAGUGGUUGUUUGUUUGGUAUGUAUACAUGCGUUUUGUUAUGAAAUCGUUAGAACAUGAAUUAGCAACAAAUAUUGGUACGUAUGCCCAAGCUACAGCAGCUGUUAAAGGAUUGUGUUGAUUCCGUAGGGUUCGAUGAAGACUUCUGAACGUACGUAUUUUUUUCCAAAAUCAACGAAUCAAACUCUUUGUAAUGCAAUCUCCCGUAGCGGUUUAUACAUAUAUAUAUGUAGUUACAAAACCACCCAAACGCAUAUUUAACUUAAUCUCUUUCUCAUACUAAAGUAGUUAUACCUAAAUUACACAGAAAUAUGAUUGAUGCGGGCUAACCCAACUACUGGCUUAGUAAGUGAGUAUUCGGGCAACAUCUUAUGAUUAAAAUAUACAUAAAAAAAAACUAAUUUGUAAUAAUUAUAACGUUCAAAAGUAAUUGGGUAGCAAUUCCAUUGUUUCUUUUAAACAGCUUUUAUUGAGACGUUGAUUUUUAGUAUGGGAAUGAAGAUUAGGAAUAAAUAUAAAGAUACAUCAGUUUUGUGGGACACUUUUACAAUGUACGUGGGUAAGAUUUAUGCAAACUAAGUUUUACAUUGAAUUUGAACAUUAGAAUCGUAAGAUUAAUUACAUUAUUGGACAUAACCAGUUUGUAAAAAAAUCCACAAAUUGUAAUUUAUAUUAAGCCAAAUAAAAUUUGUUUUGGGUUAUAUUUA